AUGAGUGAUCUGAUUACAAAUACUUAUAAUAAAAUUUCUGAUGUUUUUUCAAGAACUCAGGUAAAGAAGGCUGUUGAAGGUCUUAACACUUAUAAACAAAGAGUGAAAUUAAUUGAUCAUAUAAUAGAUAGAAGAUAAGAAAUAAGAAAUGCAGAUGAUAUUGCAAAAAUUUAGCAAUAUGCUCAUAUUUUUAGAAAAAUGUUAAGGAGAUAUAAAAAAAAGAAGGAUGAAGAUAAUGAAUAAGAAAAAGCAAAAUUAAAAAUGGAAAUGGUUAUGCAUUUAUUUAGAGGACAAAAAAAAAAGUAAACUCAUAAUUACGACAUUGAAUAAUUAAAAAUAUAACAAUUAGCGAAAUAAAGAAGAAAUGCAUUACCUGAAUAAAAGUUAAACUAAAAGUAACAAACUUAAUCAACAAAGGUUGAAGAUUCUAAAGUGAUUGAAACUUCUCCAAAUAGAAGUAAGAAACUAAAUAGAUUCUUUACUGAAAAAGAUCCGAUGUAAGUGGAAAAGCAGGUAGAAUAAGAAAUAUAUGAUUUCUUAUAAAAUAAUCAUGAAUUAGACUAAGUUCAAAAAGAUGUAUUCCUUAGAUUGACAGAUAAAAGUUAAUAAAUACGAUAUAUAGAAAGUAAAGUUAAGCAUCAAUUAGUUCUUCAAGAAAAUUAAUAACAAUAAAUAGCCAUUAAAGUAUUUGAUUUAAAAAUAUCAAGUAACAUUACUAAGUUCAAAAUCUCUUUCGAUAAAAAAAUAACAGAGGACAUACUUAAAUUAAAAUAGCGAAAUCUUUUUAAGGAAAACUAGAAGAUAAAAGAAUAGAUGGUCCUCUCACUUCUCGUAGAUAAAUUAAUGGAGAAGAUUCUUUUGCUUCUUAUACAGAAAUUAAGCUAAACAAAUUGUAUUAGGAGUCAUCAUCAAUUCAAAAGACAAUAAAAACUAAGACAUUAUCCUGUCCAACUAAUCAAUUUUAAAAUUAUUUAAUCCACACUAAUAGAGAUAUAAUUGAUAUUUCAAAUAAAAAAUUAUUUCAUGUAUAAAAGUUUAAAUUAUGA